CGCCGCCGCCGCCGCCACCACCGCCGCCGGCGGGUACUCUGCGUUCGGGCAGCCCCCGGCCCGCGCUUCCCGCCUCGCCGGCUGCUCCGGCCGCCGCCCGCUUUCCGUUCCGAGAGCCGCGAUCGGCCGGCUGAGGGGAGCCGGGGCGCGGGCGUCUGCGCUGCCGCCACCGCCGAGGAGCCGGCGCCGAGCCCGCGAUGGAAUAAUGCCCAGCGGCCCGCCCGGUCCCGGUAAUUUUCUGAUGUGACGGCUGAGACAUGAGAUCUUCAGCCUCCAGGCUCUCCAGUUUUUCAUCAAGAGAUUCACUAUGGAAUCGGAUGCCGGACCAGAUCUCCGUCUCCGAGUUUAUCGCCGAGACCACCGAGGACUACAACUCGCCCACCACGUCCAGCUUCACCACGCGGCUGCACAACUGCAGGAACACCGUGACGCUGCUGGAGGAGGCUCUAGACCAAGAUAGAACAGCCUUACAGAAAGUUAAGAAGUCUGUAAAAGCAAUAUAUAAUUCCGGUCAAGAUCAUGUACAAAAUGAAGAAAACUAUGCACAAGUUCUUGAUAAGUUUGGGAGUAAUUUUUUAAGUCGAGACAACCCAGAUCUUGGCACCGCUUUUGUCAAGUUUUCUACUCUUACAAAGGAACUGUCCACACUGCUGAAAAAUCUGCUCCAGGGCCUGAGCCACAACGUGAUCUUCACCUUGGAUUCCUUGUUGAAAGGAGACCUAAAGGGAGUCAAAGGAGAUCUCAAGAAGCCAUUUGACAAAGCUUGGAAAGAUUAUGAGACAAAGUUUACAAAAAUUGAGAAGGAGAAAAGGGAGCAUGCCAAACAGCACGGGAUGAUCCGCACGGAGAUCACCGGAGCUGAGAUCGCAGAAGAAAUGGAGAAGGAGAGGCGCCUCUUUCAGCUCCAAAUGUGCGAAUAUCUCAUUAAAGUGAACGAAAUCAAGACCAAAAAGGGUGUGGAUCUGCUGCAGAAUCUGAUAAAGUAUUAUCACGCACAGUGCAAUUUCUUUCAAGAUGGCUUGAAGACAGCUGAUAAAUUGAAACAGUACAUUGAAAAACUGGCUGCUGAUUUAUAUAAUAUAAAACAGACCCAGGAUGAAGAAAAGAAACAGCUGACUGCACUCCGAGACUUAAUAAAAUCCUCCCUUCAACUUGAUCAGAAAGAAGAUUCCCAGAGCCGGCAAGGAGGAUACAGCAUGCACCAGCUCCAGGGCAACAAGGAGUAUGGCAGUGAGAAGAAGGGGUACCUACUGAAGAAAAGCGAUGGGAUCCGGAAAGUGUGGCAGAGAAGGAAGUGCUCCGUCAAGAACGGGAUUCUGACCAUCUCCCAUGCCACAUCUAACAGGCAACCCGCCAAGUUGAACCUCCUCACCUGUCAGGUGAAACCGAAUGCCGAGGACAAGAAGUCUUUUGACCUGAUAUCACAUAAUAGGACGUAUCACUUUCAGGCAGAAGAUGAGCAGGAUUAUGUAGCGUGGAUAUCAGUGCUGACGAACAGCAAAGAAGAGGCCCUCACCAUGGCCUUCCGUGGAGAGCAGAGCGCGGGGGAGAACAGCCUGGAGGACCUGACGAAAGCCAUCAUUGAGGACGUCCAGCGGCUCCCAGGCAAUGAUGUCUGCUGCGACUGCGGCUCGUCAGAACCCACCUGGCUUUCAACCAACUUGGGGAUUUUGACCUGCAUAGAAUGUUCCGGCAUCCAUAGGGAAAUGGGGGUUCAUAUUUCCCGCAUUCAGUCUUUGGAACUAGACAAAUUAGGAACUUCUGAACUCUUGCUGGCCAAGAAUGUAGGAAACAAUAGUUUUAAUGAUAUUAUGGAAGCAAAUUUACCCAGCCCCUCACCAAAACCCACCCCUUCAAGUGAUAUGACUGUACGGAAGGAAUAUAUCACUGCAAAGUAUGUAGAUCAUAGAUUUUCACGGAAGACCUGUUCAUCUUCGUCAGCUAAACUGAAUGAAUUGCUUGAGGCCAUCAAAUCCAGGGAUUUACUUGCACUAAUUCAAGUCUAUGCAGAGGGGGUAGAGCUAAUGGAACCGCUGCUGGAACCCGGACAGGAGCUCGGGGAGACAGCCCUUCAUCUUGCAGUCCGAACUGCAGACCAGACAUCUCUCCACUUGGUUGACUUCCUUGUACAAAACUGUGGGAACCUGGAUAAGCAGACGGCCCUGGGGAACACGGCUCUGCACUACUGUAGCAUGUAUGGUAAACCUGAGUGUUUGAAGCUGCUUCUCAGGAGCAAACCCACCGUGGAUGUCGCUAACCAGGCUGGAGAGACUGCCCUGGACAUAGCAAAGAGACUGAAGGCCACCCAGUGUGAAGAUCUGCUUUCCCAGGCUAAAUCUGGAAAGUUCAAUCCACAUGUCCACGUAGAAUAUGAGUGGAAUCUUCGACAGGAGGAGAUGGAUGAAAGCGAUGAUGAUCUGGAUGACAAAGUGAGUCCGAGCCCCAUCAAGAAAGAGCGCUCACCCAGACCUCAGAGCUUCUGCCACUCCUCCAGCACCUCCCCACAGGACAAGCUGUCACUGCCGGGCUUCAGCACUCCGCGGGACAAACAACGGCUCUCCUACGGCGCCUUCACCAACCAGAUCUUUGUCUCCACAAGCACAGACUCACCCACAGCGCCGACUGCGGAGGCACCCCCGCUGCCUCCUAGAAACGCCGGGAAAGGUCCAACUGGCCCACCUUCAGCACUCCCUCUAAGCACCCAGACCUCUAGUGGCAGCUCCACUCUGUCCAAGAAGAGGCCUCCUCCCCCACCGCCCGGACACAAGAGAACCCUAUCCGACCCUCCCAGCCCACUACCUCACGGGCCCCCAAACAAAGGCGCAGUUCCUUGGGGUAACGAUGUGGGUCCGUCAUCAUCGAGUAAGACCGCUAACAAGUUCGAGGGCCUGUCCCAGCAGUCGAGCACCGGUUCUGCAAAGACUGCCCUUGGCCCAAGAGUUCUUCCUAAACUACCUCAGAAAGUGGCACUAAGGAAAACAGAGACCAGCCAUCAUCUCUCCCUCGACAAAGCCAACGUCCCGCCCGAACUCUUCCAAAAGUCAUCACAGUUAGCAGAGUUACCGCAGAAGCCGCCACCCGGAGACCUGCCCCCGAAGCCCACGGAACUGGCUCCCAAACCCCCAAUCGGAGACUUGCCACCUAAGCCGGGAGACCUGCCCCCCAAGCCGCAGCUCGCAGACUUGCCUCCCAAGCCGCAGGUGAAGGACCUGCCGCCCAAGCCGCAGCUGGGAGACUUGCUGGCGAAACCCCAGGCGGCAGACGCCUCUCCCAAGGCCCAGCCGCCCCCAGAGCUCGCCCUCAAGUCACACCCGGCCGAUCUCUCCCCGAAUAUCCCGAAGCAGGCGUCCGAGGACUCCAACGACCUCACGCCCACCCUGCCGGAGACGCCCGUGCCGCUGCCCAGGAAGAUCAACACGGGGAAAAGUAAGGUGAGGCGAGUGAAGACCAUCUAUGACUGCCAGGCAGACAAUGACGACGAGCUGACCUUCAUGGAGGGCGAGGUGAUCGUGGUCACCGGAGAGGAAGACCAGGAGUGGUGGAGAAGUUCCGUGAACACGAUCCUGUGAGGACCAUUGUGUUUGGAGUUGCGGUGCAGACGAUGGAAGGUCGGAGCCUCCUGACUGUCAGGUCCUUGGGCAGCCCUAGCGCGAGGCAGAAACGCAUCGUCAUAGGAUUUCAGGGUAGAACAGAGUAUACUUCCAACAGGGACGUUCAGGGCAUACUCGUGGAGCUGGUGACAGUGGGGCCGGGCUUUGAAGGAUAAAAAGGAUUCCCAAGUGAGGCACAGAGGCUGGAGGCACAACCCUCUUUAUCUUUUCUCAGGAAUCACUGUCCUUACUGCCUAUUGUCCUGUGUCUGAAACAGUAUUUUUUCCUUUUUUUUUCAGUUAAGGAUGGAGAAUAAUUCCAGUCCUGUUACCCUACCUCAGCUAGAAGUCAUCCCAACCUGUUUUUAUGGGUAAAACCUCUUCCUAUGGGUGAUCCCUACGAUUCAUAUUAAUGGGGUUACCCAGUGACUUGGUUCCUAGGUAUCCAAGGGUUCAUUUGAGUUCUAGAGUGGGUUCUUGUAACAGAGCUGAGCACGGGCAUGGGGUCCGGAGACCAGGUUCAAGUCCAGCGUCUGGUAUAAAUAGAUGGCAUUGGGCACAUCACUUUGACUCUCAGGCUGCCAUUUCCUUUUCUGUCAGAUGACAGUAGCAGUACCUGCUCACCUUGAGGGACAGGAUUUGAGGGUUAAGAGAGUGGGUGGAAAAUCCCUCUGUAAACUCAAAAGCCCCACGUAUUGCAAGGUCUGUUUAUUAGCCAAUUUUACAGCCACCCUUCUAUCAUCCAACAAAGCUGGUGCUCAAGGAACCGUUUGAUGGUGGCUUAAUCAACUUAUAAACGGGCACGAAAAGCAAUGACAAUAUAUUGAAAAAAUGUGUGUCAAAGACAAAUGUAAAUGGAACGAAUGCGUGUGGCAUUCACCUUUCGAGGAUUAUCUGUGCCGUUUGCCACCUCCCCAUCUUCAUUUGUGUAUGUAACCACAACUAUCGCUACAGAUCAUCUUUCUUAGAACGCUUCAGGGGCUUUUCCUUUUCAUGAAUGUGAUUUUUACCAGCACUCUUCUCCCUCCAAAUAGCGAUAAUGAAAAAGCAACAACCACUGACAUUCUCAGUCAGCUCCUCGUGUGCCCUGUGCAGCAGUAAGCACCUGAGCUGUGUUAAUCUCAUUGAAUCCUCACCGUGGCCCUGUGGGCUGGACCGUGAUCAUCCCCAUUUUCCUGACGGGUAACCUGAGGCUUAGAGAAUUUCAGGAGUGAGUGCCAGAUCCUGUCUCUAACACCUUUCACUAUUCAAGCAAAUCAAGUCAGAUGCUCAAAAGCCAGAAUGCAUCCAACUAGAACCCUCAAUUAACUGUGUGCGCGUGCACACGUGUGCAUUCUUUCCAGCCCAGUCAACUUCAAGAAGAAAGAGAGAAAUGACUAUAUAAGAUUAUUUUGAGAAUUCUUACCUUUUUCUUUAAGUACAGCUUGAGGGGUUAUGCCAGAGUCAGUUGACACCAGGGGACUGUAACAUUCGUUUCGUUCAUUCAUUCAUUCAUUUUCUUUCAUUCAUUCGUAUUCGUUCAUUCAGCUCACUUAUUUAGCCCUGACAGUUCCAGGCACUCUGCCACGUACACAGAAACAUAAAAAAUAAUGACUUGAAGGCGUACUGAAUUGUGGUUAAGAGAAUGGAUGCAGGCAGCCGUUUGCAUACUGUGUGGCCUUGGGCCAGUCAUUUAGAUUCCUGGGCCUCAGAUUCUUCAUCUGAAAAAUGGAGAUGACAGUAGUGCCCACCGCUAAGUGAGAUCACGGAUGUCAAGCACUUAGUUGGGUGCAUGGCAUGUAGUAAACACUCUGUGAGUAUUUCCUAUGGACACCCAGCCGAGGCACAGCCAAUGGACUGGAGCCACUGGGCUCCCAGCAGCACCCGCUAACGAUCGUGAUGGGGGUUUCUGUCUGGAGCAGCUCCAGGUGCCCAGCUCUCCUGCCCCCAGGGCCUGUCUCUGUGGCCGGCUCCGGGCUGGGUGCCCACGUCGGUAGGCGUGUUGCAGGCGCCCCCUCUGCCCCCACGCUGGGUCUGGGCAUCUUGCUCAGCUUCCCCAGCCUUUGGCCUCCACUACUCUGGCCUUCACAGUUGAUGUGCCCACUUCAGAGCUGGCAGCUGCCAGUGACCCUGCCCAGGUCCUCGGAAGCUGCCUGCCACAGUGAGCGUUGGGUGAAAGAAAGGGCAAGGCUUAUUCUAGACCCCCGUGUUCCUCAAACUUGAGUGUGCCUGAGAACCACUUGGCAACGGCCAUGAAAAUGCAGGUUCAUGGGCCCACCCAGACCUACUGAGCAAGACAAUGUGGGGGGGGGGGACAAAGCCUGGGAAUCUGUAUUUUUAACAAGUACCCCCCCAAGGGAUCGUGAUGCAGGUGGCUCUGAGACCAUGCUUUUGGAAAACUUAGUUUUCUCAUCUGCAAAAUGGGAACACUAAUAAAACUCCAAAUUACAAGCAUAAAGUACAAUUAUUUUCAUAACCAAAAAUUGUUAAAGAACACGGGAUUGGGAGUCUGGAGAGCUGGGCUGACACCUAACUAUGUCUCUAACUCGUUGUGUGACCUUCUGCAAGUCACUCAACUUUUCUGUGACUCAGUUUCCUUGUGUGCAAAGGGAAGGGAAGAGUACUACCUUAUCUUCAUCACGGGGCUGUUAAGGGACAUCCCAGGAGACCAUGGCUAUGGAGAUUCUUUGAAAUGUAAGAAGUGCUGAGCUUCUAAAACCCAGGCCCAUGGAAAAUGAAACCAGAGCAGGAAAGCAUGAGGGCUGGCCCAGAGGCAGCCAGGGUCUCAGGGAGAGCUGAAGGGGGGGACCCAGGGGACACCCCUGGGGAGGCGGGGAAUGUCCUGUGCGUGGGUGAAAAGAGGCCAGCAUGAGGGAGGCAGCUCUCCAGGUGAGGCAGUGAGAGUAGGCAGACCAGUAUAGACACACUGAGACUACAGCCCUUAAUGGGAUGAAAAGAAAGCCUUUAUCCACAUGGAGCCAUCGCAAAAAGUGUCACUGGAACUCAAACAGAAAACCCAAGUUACAGAGGGAUAUGUACUAGGAGACCUUUUAUGUAAGUUUGAAAACGUGUAAACAAUAUUUCAUGCAUGUUUUAUAGAUGCAUACAUAUGUUUACGUAGUAAAAGUGUAAAUAUAUUUAACAAGCAUGUGUAUGUCACUCUUAACGUGCCAAACUCUAUCCUAGGUGUUUUGUAAACAAUAGUUCGUUUAACCCUCCAGACAACAUGCAAAGGUGAUACUAUUCAUAUCUUCAGUUUACAGAUGAGGACCAUUUGGCCCCAGAGAGGGUGAUUAAUGGGUCAAAGUCACACAGCUAGAAGGUGGCAGAACCAAUAUUCCCCACCCAGUUGUUCUGGCUCCAGAAUCCUCAUUCACAAUAUGGUUCUGGCUCCUGGUAAGAAAGGUAAAGACUAAAGUUAGGACAUAAGUUACCCCUGGAGCAGGAAGGAGAGGAACAGGGGACGGAAUAGAGGGAGCUCCAGUUCUAUCUGUUAUGUUUUUCGGGGUUUUUUCAGAGAAUCUGAGCAAAUAUGAAUGUAUUUGUUUCCCACGGCUGACAUAACAAAGUACCAUAGACUGGGUGGCUUAAACAACAGAAAUUUAUUUUCUCACAGUUCUAGAGUCUGGAAGUCCAAGGUCAAGGUGUUGGCAGGGUUGAU